AUGUCUCAACAACCACCAUAUCAACCUUAUUCUGUUCCUCCACCUCAAGUGGCUGCUCCACCGCCCUAUGCAGAUCCAUCGGGAAAGCCAGGUAUGGGUAUAGGUAUUCAGCCAAUGGCACAACCUUAUCCUCCACCACAGCAAGGAUACGGCGUUCCGCCACAGCAAGGAUACGGUAUUCCGCCACCGCAAAGUGGUUACAUGCCACCAUCAGGCCAAGGCUAUCCUUUCGGACAACCACCACAGCAGGCUUACCCAGCGCCAGUUCAAUCUUCCUCGGUUGUCCUUCAUCAACCAGCAGCCCAACCAGCCCAACGGACAAUCGUUGUACACGAAAAGAACGAUGAUAACGUCAUAUUAUAUAUUCUAUUAUGUCUGGUUUGUCCUCCAGUUUUUAUCAUCGUCAUGCUAGUGAAAUCUUGCACUGACUAA